UGGGCGAAGCUUCUGAUAAGAGGGCAAAAUGGCAAGCCACAAAAGCAGUUGGAGUCUGGCCAUAGCCAUGUUCGUGUGUUGCUGGCUUUCCUCGUCGGUAGCCAGCAGCGGAGUGGGGAAAUGCAAACUCAAGGUCAUGACGCACAAGGCUCGGCAGGUUGACCAAUUCGGAUAUGCUUGCGAGGACGAUGUCAAGAUUUAUACCUGCGGUGGAUAUUGUUUGUCUUCUGAGGUACCCCAUUGGCAGUUUCCAUAUAAGGAGUCACGCCAUCCUGUAUGCCAGCACGACAAAGUGCAACACAAGCAUGUGCGGCUCACCAACUGCCACCCGAAGGCCGACCCCAGCACUAGCCAUUACCAUUUCGUCGAAGCUGCUACUUGUAAAUGCAAGAUGUGUUCUUCAGAAAGCACGAGUUGCGAAUGGCUGCCACCGGGCUCAUCUUUUCUAAACAGUAUUAAUUUGGAAUCGGAAGACAUGGAUGAUCUAUCUGCAGAAGACUAAAUUAAAACCACUAAAAUGGCCUGAUCUUGCAUAUUUACUGAUCAAUUAUGAAUGUUUAGGUAAUUUUAGUAUGUCGUACUUGGCUGGAUGUACGAUUUUUAAAAAGUAAUUUUAGGUAGGUAUCAAAAUGCGGUCAAUGUUUUAUGACUUUACGAUUUGGCUGUACAUACUCUAAUGCUAGUUAAUUUAUAUACAUAUACAUAUUUUAAUAAGAUUAUAAAUAAUAACAU